AUGUCUUCCUUACAAACAUGGACAGUCACGGAACCAUACAUCAACCCACACUGUGGGCUCGGUGAAGCUCCCUUCUAUGAGCCUUCCACCAACACGCUCCGCUUUGUGGACAUCAAGAAGAAGCGUCUCCAUACAAUCGAUCUUAAUGUUGGUCCUUCGUCUCUUACGACCAUGCAGCUAGAUAUUCCUGUCGGCGUAACAGCUGAUAUUGAGGGUAUAGAUUGCACCGAUAGGAUAUUGGUGGGUGGUAAAAGCGGGAUCUACGUACUGAGGAGAGGCGAUGGAAAGAUGAAGCUAUUGAAAAGAUUUUAUGACAGUGAGGAAAAAGAUGAGAGACUGAGAAGUAAUGAUGGGGCCGUAGACCCAAAAGGGAGGUUUUGGAUCGGAACUAUGAAUGACUUUUGGGUGGGGGAGCCACAAAGUGAAGGUACAAUGUUCCGCUUCGACAAUGAUCUCACACGCCAUACUGUUCGUGAAGGUCUGACAAUUCCUAAUGGAAUUGGCUGGUCUGCAGACCAAAAAACUCUGUACUUUACCCAUACAACCGAGCAAACUAUCUGGGCGUACGACUACGAUGAUUCGACUGGUGAUGUUACCAACAAGCGGGUAUUUUGGAAACACGACGGAGAUGGAGAGCCCGAUGGGUUCAAGUUCGACUCGGAAGGGAAUAUCUGGCAAUGUGUGUUUGGGGAAGGGCGUGUACUGAAGAUCAAUCCUCAAGGCAAAGUCGUUGGCGAAAUCAAGUAUCCAACGAAGUGUGUGACUUGUCCCGUAUUUGUGGGUACUGAGUUGUGGGUUACGAGCGCAAGUGAUGGGGGCGAUGAGCAUGCGGGAGCACUAUUCAAAGUCGAUGUUGGGAUUGGCGGGCUAAAGGACUUCAAGUUCAAGUUAGCUAAAGGAAGCGCGGAGCUGUGA